CUAUUGACAAGUCAUUAAAAACAUAUAAUAUAAAUAUUGCUAUCUUAUUCAAAGAAAUAAAUUGUGUCAAAGAUACAAAGAAGAAAAAUUUAUCAGAUGAUAAUACUGAAAAAGAAAUAGUUAGCUCUAUAGAUGACUGGAAGAAUAAUGAAUAUAUAGAAGAUGAUUUGGAUAAUUCAAGUAAAUUAGAAGUUAUAACUAAUUUAUAUGAAGAAACAACACCUCAAGAUUAUACAAUUUAUCUUGCAGAUAAUUUGGUGAUGAAAUGGAAAUUAGCAGAUAUUUUUACAGAUUCGCUACCACCACCUGCUUAUAUCAAUUUGCUUUUGGGCAAUUAA